AUGGAAUGCCACAGAAAACUUCGAUGCUCUAGGCAAAAAUGAUGCAGAAGAGCACACCUGGGAUGAGGAGAGGGAAGAGCACCCGUAAAAUUGGCAGUUACUUAUUAUUUUCUACGAGUACACGAGUACACGCAUAUUCUUCAUCCUUAAUUUGAUCAGAUACUACUUUGCCGCGAUGUCGUUGAUAUGACGCUGAACUAAACUCAACAAUUUCCCGCCCGGGCGAAACGUCGUAUACCGCUAUACAUGUUAUAUAUUAAAGACAUUUGAUUACAUUCGAUUUUAAAAUCAACGUGUGAACAUUGGAAAGUGUUAUUAACAUAAGUUCUGUGGGAAGCAACUACUUGGCAAAGGAGACCCGACACACUCACACGGCAGUCGCUGAAAAUGUUCUCUAAGGAUGGAUGUCUGGCAGUGUGUACAGUGAUGUUUAUCCUGCUGUCAUCAAGUGAAGCUAGAGGUCCGCCUUGGGUGAGCCGUCCGGUGGAGGAGCGUCAGACCGCCAGGCUGGGCCGGACGGUGCGCCUGGCCUGCCCCAUCGAGGGUGACCCUCCUCCCCUGGUGCUGUGGGUGAAGGACGGACGGAACGUCCACCCGGGCUGGAGCCGCUACCGGGUGCUGAAGCAGAGCCUGAAGAUCAAGGCGGUGGAGCCGGGGGACGCCGGGGGCUACGUGUGCCGGGUCACCAACGGGUUCGGGAGCGUCGCUCUCAACUACACCCUCAUCGUCAUCGAUGACACAGCAGCGACGCGCACCGACACUCCGCCCGCCAUCGCCCAACCCAACACUGCGCCUGACCAGCCGGACCCCACCGGAGAGGCGUGGGUGAAGCCGCGCUUCAGCCAGCCCACCAAAAUGCGCCGGCGGGUGCUGUACAAGCCGGUGGGGAGUUCUGUGAGGCUCAAGUGCCAGGCCAGCGGCGUCCCUCCGCCCGUCAUCACCUGGUGGAAGGACCAGGCCCCGCUGCCCCCACCGCGCCAGAACAAGCGCCCCCAGUGGACCCUAACCCUGAAGAACCUGCAGCCCCAGGACAGUGCCAAGUACACCUGCCACGUCUCCAACCCAGCCGGGCACAUCAACGCCACGUACAAGCUGGAUGUCAUCGAGCGCUCUCACUGCAAACCGGUCCUGACGGGCACCCACCCGGUCAACACCACCGUGGAGUACGGCGGCACCGCCUCCUUCCAGUGCAAGGUCCACAGUGACGUCAAGCCCGUGGUCCAGUGGUUGAAGAGGGUGGAGCCAGGCACAGAGGACCGUUACAACUCCACCCUGGAGGUCGGUGGGCAGCAUUUCGUGGUUCUGCCCACGGGGGACGUGUGGUCUCGGCCUGACGGCUCGUACCUCAACAAGCUGGCUAUUGUCAAGGCCCGCGAUGAGGACGCUGGCAUGUACAUCUGCCUGGGAGCCAACACCAUGGGCUACAGCUUCCGCAGUGCUUACCUCACCGUCCUGCCAGACCCUCAGGUGGAGAACACGGUAACCCCACCCCACCUAAAGUCUGGUCUGCCCUGGCCUCUAAUCAUCGGCAUCCCAGCCGCGGCACUCCUCAUCGUGGGAAGCAUUGUACUCUGGCUGUGCCACAGUCGUCGACGCCACAACACCCUGCCCCCGCGGCCCAUUCACGUGGCCCACCGGGACCAUCACAUCCCGGACAAAGAGGCCAGCGCCACCACACCCUGCAGCGGCCUGACCGGCCCUGACUACCCGAGCCAGAGACUGGUGGGCCUGGGAGCCCCGGCCCUCGGCGGGGCCCCUAAGAUAUACUCCAAAUUUUACACAGACACGCACACACACACACACUCCCACGCCCAUGUGGACGGUAAGGUUCAUCAGCACCAGCACUUCCACUACCAGUGCUAACCAGACCCCCCCCCUCGUCUCGCCCAGAUGGCCUUGUUUCCUAGUCAGUGCUGCUAUUCUCACCCAACAAUGGACUAUGAGCAAGGGACAAUGAGCCAGGUAGAUUGUACCAUGAACUUGUAGUUCAUAUGAACUACAGCUCCCAUGCUAAGAAGUUCUGAAAAUGUCGCAACACCACCUACCAGGUUGGAUCCUGGGAUAAGCAUGGAGUAAGCUGCCUGCUUUGGAGGAAUACCGAUUCAGUAAGGAUUCUCAGGGCAAAAAUAACCUAGAACAUUUGCUAUUGAGUCAUUUCUAUGUUUUCUUGUGUUUUUCCAUACCAGUCCACUGAUAGUAAAUCACAAAUUUUAUUUUAAACAAAGAAAGAAUGGUUCAUGUCAGGUUGGAACAAAAUAAAUCUAGCAUGAUCGACUAAACAGAAAUAUUUGUGUUUGGAUGCGUGCAGCCCUGGAUAUAUCGGUAACAAGUUAAUGGAAGAAAUUACCAAUUUGGUUCAAUUUAGGUAAACUUCCAUUUUAGGAUUUAAAUUAAUUAUUCCUAAUAUAGCACACUUUUCCAAACAUGUACCCAUAUCCAAACCUCCAAAGUAAUGUAAUAAUCUUUAAGCUUGUGCAUAUUGGAUAAAUUCUAUAUUUGUAUAUCAUAUGAAUUGGAAGAAGUAACUGUGACAAACUAAAUAUCUAGCCAAAAUGUUUACAUUGUGAUAGCUUUCAUAUUGUCAUUAUAGCUAAACAAACUGUGGUGUCCUCUUUUGAAAUGGGUGGUAUUGUUUUUUUGAAGAGAUUUACUUGUGUAAGUUUCAUGUAGGAAAGUACAGUUAAUCAGGGAAAUGAUGGAUGAAUGAACGAACGGAUGAUGGAUGGUCAGAUGGAUGAUGGAUAUAUAGAUUUUUAAAUGGAUGGAUGGAUUAGGUGAUAAGUGCUUUUUUUACAUAUGUUUUCAGAUAUUCUAUGUAUCCAACUACAAAAACAUUCAGUAUUAUUAUUACUUUCAUUUACCUUGUAUGUCAGAUUCCAAUUUAUGUUACAGCGCUAUAAAUGUGUAUAUGAUUUACAUUUCUUAUGAGGGUACAGUAUAUUGUUGUAUAAGGUACAUGAAGACGAAUUGUAUCUGUGUCAAUUUGCUUUAUAAAACUCACCAAAAAGAAAUUA